GUCGCCCACUCUUUCUGGCGGGAAAAAGGCACCGCGGGAAACCCUAGAGUCUAGGCCUCUAUGUCCUCUUCAUCUUCCUCUCCGUUUCCACUUCCAGGAUAAUCUUGAAACCCUCAAAAUGCAUCGGCUUGUGGCGGCAUCUUUCAUGACUUCAUCGCCACGCUUGCUUUUGCUAGCCGGUUUACGCAGGCGGUCCUCCAUUCAUGGCUUUAGAAUAGCUCCUGUGAGGUUGGUAUAUAGAAGAUGCUGUUGCAGAUCACUUAAGCUUUCAAAUGAGGUACCAAAGAUAACGAAAAGGUUGAGCAAACUGAACAUUUUGUGCAAAGAAGCUGAUCUGUCUCAUAUUAUAUGGUGGAAAGAAAAGUUGCAAUUUUUUAGGAAGCCUUCUUCUCUUCAGCUUGUUAAAAGGCUUGCAUAUACAAACUUAUUAGGGCUGGAUGUUGCCCUGAAAAAUGGGAGCCUGAAAGAAGGGACUCUCAACUUGGAAAUAUUGCAGUUCAAGUCAAAAUUUCCUCGGGAAGUUUUACUUUGCAGAGUUGGGGAAUUUUAUGAAGCAAUUGGAUUUGAUGCUUGUGUUCUUGUUGAGCAUGCUGGCUUAAAUCCCUGUGGUGGUCUGCAGUCAGAUUGCAUUCCAAAAGCUGGUUGCCCUGUUGCGAAUUUACGCCAAACGUUGGACGACUUGACACGAAAUGGUUUUUCAGUAUGCAUUGUUGAAGAGGUGCAAGCUCCCAUUCAAGCUCGUUCACGUAAAGGUCGAUUUAUUUCUGGCCAUGCACAUCCUGGUAGCCCAUACGUCUUUGGGCUUUCUGCAGCUGAUCAUGAUGUCGAUUUUCCGGAACCUAUGCCUGUAAUUGGUAUAUCACGGUCUGCAAAAGGGUAUUGCAUGAUAUCAGUGCUUGAACCCAUGAAAACGUUUUCUGAGGAGGAUGGGCUUACAGAAGAGGCUAUUGUUACAAAACUCCGCACACGUCAAUGCCACCAUUUAUAUCUUCACACUUCCCUGAGAAAUAAUUCUUCAGGUACCUUUCGAUGGGGAGAAUUCGGUGAAGGAGGUCUCUUGUGGGGUGAAUGUAAUGGAAAGCCCUUUGAAUGGUUUGAUGGCAUUCAGGAGCUCUUAUUCAAGGUGAGGGAAAUAUACGGACUUGAUGAAGGCAUAUCAUUUCGAAAUGUCACCUUCUGUUCUGAGAAGAGGCCAAAACCCUUAUAUCUUGGAACGGCUACUCAAAUCGGGGUUAUUCAAACUGAGGGGAUACCUGGUUUGUUGAAAGUGUUGCUCCCAUCAAACAGUUUCGGUCUUCCAGCCUUGUAUAUCAAAGAUCUCCUCCUUAAUCCUCCAACGUAUGAGAUUGCAUCAGCAAUUCAAGAGGCAUGCAGGCGUAUGUGCUGUUUAACAUGCUCAAUUCCUGAUUUUACUUGCCUCUCGGCUGCAAAGCUUGUCAAACUUCUGGAGUUGAAGGAGGCUAAUCAUAUUGAGUUCUGUAGAGUUAAGAAUGUAGUUGACGAAAUUCUGCAAAUGCAUAGAAAUUCUGAGCUUUCUGUAAUCCUUCGUAUUUUAUUGGAGCCGGCAUGGCUGGCCACUGGAUUGAAAGUUGAUUAUGAUAUCCUGGUGGAGGAAUGUGGUUUAGUUUCCCAGAGAAUUGGUGAAAUGAUUUCGCUUGGUGGAGAACAAGGUCAGGAGAUAAGCUCCUUUGCUGACAUCCCAUCUGAUUUCUUCUAUGAUAUGGAAUCUUCAUGGAAAGGUCGCGUGAAGAGAAUCCAUGUAGAGGAGGCUUUUGGAAAUGUUGACAGGGCUGCUGAGUUGCUUUCCAUUGCUGUGAUGGAAGACUUCAUCCCAGUAGUUCAGAGAGUAAAAUCUAGUGUAUCACCUCUUGGAGGUCCGAAGGGAGAAAUAUGCUAUGCAAGAGAACAUGAAGCCGUUUGGUUUAAGGGAAGGCAUUUCAUGCCAUCUGUAUGGGCUAACACCCUGGGGGAAGAACAAAUCAAGCAACUCAGACCUGCUGUUGAUUCAAAAAGGAGAAAGGUGGGAGAAGAAUGGUAUACCACUACUAAGGUUGAGGAUGCAUUACUUAGGUACCAUCAUGCUUGUGCUAAGGCUAAGGUUGAAGUUCUGGAACUUCUGAAAGAUCUUUCUGCAGAAAUGCAAGAUAAAAUAAAUAUUCUUGUCUUCUCUUCCAUGGUGCUUGUGAUAGCAAAGGCACUUUUUGCGCAUGUUAGCGAGGGUCUGAGGAGGAAAUGGGUACUUCCUAGCCUAUAUGAAGGCUACAAAUCUGAGGAGAAAAAUUUUACUGGGACGGCAAGUUAUAUGGAACUGAUGGGCUUGUCACCUUAUUGGUGUGAUGCUUCACAAGGCAAUGCUAUACAAAAUAAUGUGAAAAUGAAAUCAAUUUUCCUUUUGACGGGGCCAAAUGGUGGCGGCAAAUCCAGUUUGCUUCGGUCAGUAUGUGCUGCUACAUUGCUUGGGAUUUGUGGGCUCAUGGUACCAGCACUAUCGGCUAUCAUUCCUCAUUUUGAUGCAGUUAUGCUACAUAUGAAACCUUACGAUAGUCCUGCUGAUGGAAAAAGCUCAUUUCAGAUUGAAAUGUCAGAGCUUCGUGGCAUUGUAACCGGAGCCACCAAGAGGAGUUUAGUGCUUGUGGAUGAAAUUUGUAGAGGUACAGAGACUGUUAAAGGAACCUGCAUAGCUGGUAGCAUAGUUGAGAUACUUGAUGGCAUUGGCUGCUUGGGCAUUGUUUCCACCCAUCUUCAUGGCAUUUUUGAUUUGCCACUAUCAACUACAAAUGUAAUAUUUAAACAAAUGGGAAUCGAGAUUGUUGAUGGUCACAUAAAGCCAACCUGGAAAUUGUUAGACGGAGUCUGUAGAGAAAGCCUUGCCUUCGAAACUGCCCGGAAGGAAGGUCUUCCUGAAUCAAUUGUCAGAAGAGCUGAAGAAUUGUAUCUCUCAACAUCAUUACAAGCUGGUUUAGCAGCACCACAUCUGAACUCUCAGCCUGAUGUGAACGAAUCCGUUCAAGAGUUCGACAAGUUGAAGACGAGUAAUAAUUCUACGAUUUCAGGCUCCAUGAAAGAAAUACAAAAAGAAGUUGAAAAUGCUUUAACCAUAAUUUGCCAAAGGAAAUUGAUUGAUCCUUACAAGGAAAAAAGCACAUCAGAAUUAUCAGAACUUGUGUGUCUUAAAAUUGGAGCAAGAGAACAACCACCUCCUUCAACAGUGGGCACCUCUUGUGUCUAUGUCCUCUUCAGGCCUGACAAUAAACUAUACAUUGGCCAGACUGAUGAUCUUUUGGGUCGAGUUCGUUCACACCGCACCAAAUCAUGCAUGCAAAAUGCAGAAUUUUUGUAUAUUACUGUUCCAGGAAAGAGCAUUGCAAGCCAAUUAGAGACUCUUCUCAUCAACCAGCUUCCAUUUCAUGGAUUUAAAGUUUCUAACUUAGCUGAUGGAAAACAUCGCCAUUUCGGCACUUCUAAUUUCUCCCAGAACUCUUUCUUCGGAUCGCAGAACUGAAUCGCAUCAAUAUCUGUGAUUCUGAUGAGAAAAAUACUGCUGCUUCAGGAUAAUAGUUAGAUUUUUUUGCUACUCAUUUUGGAAGCAGAUCAGUACUUAGAGUGAGUUCAUCAAUUUUGUUUCUUGUAAUUUUGUCAUUUUUUUGAUUGGGUAUUAUUUUUUGACAUCUAUAUUUUGCAUGUGGUAAGAGAUGGCCAUGUCAAAUGUAAAUGGCAUUUGUCAGUAUUUAGGUAAUUGCAUAAUGGCAAAUGUAGGUGAAGCAACAGCCUAUUGAGCUUUUGGUUUUUUUUAGUAAUAAAAA